AUGCCCGCGAUAUCUGAACACACAUCCCUACUACCGUCCGAGCAUGAUGAGACAGAACCUACCUCUACGGUUAGGGAAUCACACGCUCACCUCAGGAAAGUGGCAGAUUCCUUCCCUCGCUCUGUCUGGCACAUCGCGACCAUUGAGUUAUGCGAAAGAUUUGCUUAUUUUGGUAUUGUCGGACCAAUGCAAAACUACAUGCAGAAUGCGAUGGACGACCCUCUGCACCCUGGCGGACUUGGCAUCGGUACUGGCGGUAUCAAGACGAAUGUAAGCUCGCUUAUUGCAGAGCAGUAUACUGGUCCAAGAGAAACCAUUCGAAUAACCAAGUUUGGAGAAAAGGUGGUUGUAGACAGAGACCAUACUAUAAAAAGCAUUUUCUCCAUGUUUUUCAUAUUCAUCAACGUUGGGACUCUUGCUGCUGCUGCCUGCACGACUAUCGAGCAAAGAUACGGCUUCACCCUAGCAUUUGCUCUACCCACCGUGAUUUUCAUCACCGGAUUUACCGUCCUACUAAGAAGCAAAGACGGAUACAUUAGUCGUGCACCAGAGAGUUCUAUUAUCCUCCACGCAUACCGAGCUUUCUGGAUAGCCAUUAGACAUAGGGGAAACCUCGACUAUGCACGUCCAAGUACUGAGGAGUCAGCUCAGCGAAUUCCGUGGGACAACGCGUUUGUAGACGAUCUGAAACAAAUUUCAUCGGCGUGUAAGGUAUUCCUUCUGUACCCUUUGUAUUGGGCCGCCUGUACGCAAUUUGUGACGAACUUUGUCUCCCAAGCCGGUACCAUGGAGGCUCACGGGAUCCCAAACGACAUACUUGUUUUUCUCGACCCGGUUACAGCGACUGUCCUCUUGCCUUUCCUUGACCGGGUUGUUUUCCCUUACUUUGAACGGAUUAGAAAACCGAUUGGCUAUGUUCAUCGAAUGACGGCAGGGUUUUUGUUCUGUGGCGUUGCCAUGCUAUACGCUGCAUUUGUCCAACGGAAGAUAUAUGCGGCACCUCCAUGCUAUGACCACCCAAGAGCAAGGGACUGUAUGGGCGGAGCUAUACCUAACGCAGUCUCUAUAUACCUUCAGGUCCCGGCCUACGUGUUAAUUGCCACUUCACAAAUACUUGCAACGGUCGCGGGUAUUGAAUACGCAUAUACUAAGGCGCCGGCCUCGAUGAAAUCUCUGGUCAUGGCUGUUUAUUUGACUACUACUUCUGUGGGAGCCCUCCUCGCCAUGGCAGUCUCACCAUUAACGGUGGAUCCGAAACUGGUCUGGAUGUACAUUACUUUGAGUUUGGGACCCCUCAUAGCUGGUGUUACAGUAUGGUUUGUUCCCUUCGCGGGCCCUGAUGGUGAAAGAGCGACCACUAUGGAUCCUGGUGUUGAAAGUCUGCAGUGA